CGCGCUCGGCACACAGGCGGCGGCGCUCGGGCUCUCAGCGACGGCGUCAGCGGCUUACCCUCGCGCCCUCGCCUCCGGUCCUCCGCACACCGGCCGGUGACCCUGCGUGCGUGCCUAUCUCUCUCAUCCCGCCCCCGGUGGAUCGUCAACGCCACCGGCCCCGCCAGCUGCGCCGCGCGCGGCCUGAUGGCUGCGGGAGCCAGCAGCCGCUGCUCCACCAAGGCGUUCGCGCCGCUUUGGUAGCGCUUAUGCCCCAAAGCGAAGCGUUACCCGUCCUCCUAGCGCUUCAGCGCGCUGAAGCGUGCGCUUAGUGCCGCCUUUUGGAACCCUGGCCUCUUCGCAUUUGCAGGGAGAAGACUCAGUUUAUCCCUUGCACUCCCUUCCCAGACCCCACUCAUGUAGAGCCUCCGGCACUGGGUCUGUCCUUUAUUACUAUAACUGUGAUACUUUUAGUUCUGAUUCUGAUUGGGCAGUUGAUCGUGUGGUGCAGUCCAGUGAGGGAAAUUAUUGGUUGGUUCUCACAGGCUCUCUAACUUAUGCCAGUCCUGUUAUAGGUUAUCAGUUCCUCUGUAUAUUAGUCAUAUAUACAGCACUUGCCCUUGGGAAUGGGGGAGACAAAUGUUCAGUUUUAUGUACUUAUGUCAGAAAUCUCAUAUUACUAUAUGAGAUAAGUCUCUUCCUAAUUACUAUAUUAGAUAAGCUUCCAACCAGUGUUUAUUCAUACCAUUGUCUCUCUCUGUCUAAUAUGUUGUUUAAUGAACUCUGUUUCCCCCUUAUUAGUGCAUGCAUGAUUGUCCAUUCUUAUUUUUGUCCAUCAUUAAUUACCUGUUCAUUACCAUAGGACAACAUUGCAUCUGAACUGCAUUGGAUCCUAAGAGAUGAUGGAUGAGUCUUUUCUUGAUAGGAUGGUUUCCCAACUUCGGUCAACAUGCAAGUACUACACUGGAUAUCCCAAGGACUUAGGGCGAUCAAGAAUUAUACCAUUCACAUCUGAGCGUCAGUUUGUGCAGCUAUUACAUGAAGGCAGGCCUGUAGUCGUUGCCUUUACUAUUAAGUGCACAUAUACACAGCAUCUUGAUAAAGUUCUGGAAGAGGCCGCAGCUAAAUUUUAUCCACAUAUCAAGUUUGUCCGAGUUGAGUGCCCGAAGUACCCUGGGUUUUGCCUCACAAGGCAAAGGAACGAAUAUCCAUUUGUUGAAGUAUUCUACAACCCAGAACAGGCUGCAAGCCCAGGAAAGAGCGUGGAUCCUAACAUCACCAAGUAUUCUGUAAAAGUGCUACCGUUCAACUAUGACCAAAGCGUGUAUGGAUUUCGAGAAUAUUUCAAGAAGCAUGGUUUCAAGUAUUCUGAAACAAACUAGAUCUGUUGUUAAAGAUCUGCCUCGAGAGUAGUCCUAGGGACUUGAGUAGCAUGUGGAGGCAGUUGUUGUAUGGAGUUGAAAUGGCGUGAGGCUCUAAUGGGAGGCCUUGACUAGUUCAUUCGAGAAUGCCUGUCAUGUAUUCAUUUGUAUACGGGCUACUGCUCAUGCCUAGAGAUUUGCUUUUCCGUACCUAUGAACCAUUGGAUUUGGUAAUGUUUUACCUCUC